CGGGUGUACAAGCCUAAAUGUGAGGUUGCAAACUCACUACUUCCAGUGUAUCUCUAUUUUCAUGGUGGAGGCCAUCUUUUUGGCAAUAUUGAGACCGAGGAUGCCAGCCGUGCGCGAAUCAUUGCGGCGUAUCCGAGCCCGGGCGUCAUCGUGGCCAAUGUCAAUUAUCGACACACGCCCGAGUUCCAAUAGCCAACUCAAUUCAAUGAUGUGUGGGACUCUUAUGAAUGGCUAUCAAAACAUAUAUCUCGGUUAGGUGGCGACCCUUCUCAGAUCGUGGUUGGCGGGAUUUCGGCAGGUGGAGGAUUGGCAGCAUCGGUGGUGACGAGACGCCAUGAAUUUGAUGAUGGCGGCCCAAUCGUCUCUAGGAUUCACACUCAAAGGCCAGGUCCUGUGCACCCCAUGGCUCCUUCACCCGUCCGC